AAAUAACGAGAGUUUGAUUUUUGAGUUUGCAUUUGCAGAGGGGUGAGGGGAAGCAAAGAGUGCGCGAAGUGUGAAUAAUCAACGAAAUGCUGCCAUUGACUUGAACGCGUUGCGUUCUUGCUCUUCAAGAAAACCAACACCUUAAAACAACUCCAAUAGUAUUUAGCAUUUGGUGUGUGUAUGAUUCAUCGUUUGAUUUGAAUUGAUUAGGUUAAAGUUUAGGUAUGGUGCUCCCACUUUUGAAACUCGGAACGCUGGCCUUGAAAACCCUAAGCAAACCCGUCGCUAGUAGAUUGAAGCAGCAGGCGGCUUUUCACCCCAGGUUUCGCCAACUCAUCGUUAACAUGGCUCAGACAAAUCAUCAAAUCACCACGAGGAUGCAACGGCGCAUCUAUGGUCACGCCACCGAUGUUGAGAUUCGGCCCUUGAAUGAGGAAAAGGCUGUUCAGGCUGCGGUUGACCUUAUCGGAGAACUCUUUGUCUUCUCGGUUGCAGGAGUUCUCUUGAUCUUUGAGGUACAAAGAAGUUCUAGAUCUGAGGCAAGAAAGGAGGAGCUGCGAAAACAAGAGCUUGAGGCUGUGAGGCAAAAAAAUGAGAACUUGGCAGAAGAAGUGGAACUUCUUAAGCAAAGAAUUCAAGAACUGGAACAGAUGGCCAGGGGACGAGGACUGACUGGCAUUCUAAACUUCAGACAAGGUAAUACAGAAAUUGGAAAGGCGGAGAAAAUUGCUUGAGCUGAUGUUCUGAUAAACAGAAUAAUUAUUUAUGACAUUUUUUUCAUUCGUCUUCGCGAUGAAUGUCAAGCUUAAUCUCUGAUUCAUUUGAGGGUCUCUUCAAGAGGAGCCUAUUUUUUAAACAUUCAUUUGCUUCUAAUGAAAGAGUUCAAUUAUCUUGCUGUGUUGGGGAUAACUCGCAGAUUGAAAUUGUAUUGUCCCAAAUAAGUGGCAGAUAAUUCAUAGAGGCUAAGAGGUGACGCACUCAAUUGAGCAUAAAAUGUGUCAUCUCAAAUAUACCCUUUGCCUUCUCAAUCCACUUGUUAUUAUUCUUUAAAAAGAAAAGAACAUUCGCUCUUCAUGAAUUCACUUUCUCUCUUUCACCACAAAUGAUCAAUUGACCUUUUAGCUGUGGUGUGUUUGGAUUUAUCUGCAAAAUGACAAGGACAUCAUCAUGUCCUGAUUAGUUUAAACAUGCUGUAGAAUUUAUUUCAGCAAUUGAUAUGUGUUUGAGUUGAAGUUUGGUGACAAGAUACACAUCCAAUGCAUUUGAUUGUCAAAUUGAUUGCGAGCACAACCACCCACUCCACUAUACCCUCUUCUAUCAAUGUUUGGUUUGGGAAAAUAGAGGGUUAUGGACAUGACAUGUGGAUGGAUGGUCCGACCGAAUGAUAAACCAUGGGAUGCAGGUGGAUAUGGUAUCCAUUCAGCAGUGCCCCUGUAAAGCUCUUCCAUUAAGAGAGGCAUCAAAACAGGAAUAUGUUGGACGGUAGUGGAGGAGCACUUUAUUCUUUCCUUACCCUCAUUUCUUUCACCCAUUCACCCAAUAGAAGAUUUUCGUCAUAAUUUGUAUUAUUUGCCAAGAAAAGAGGAAUCUCUGUUUUUUCUUUAAUUUUUUGUACAGUUUGCCAUUUUAU